CAGGAAGCCGACUUCCCGUUUUCCGAUGCAAACGCUGACGGGGGCCGCCAUAGCUGGCCAAGGUUUUGCAUUCAGGGACGCUGAAAACGAGAGUGCGGACGCAGAUGCGAUGACCGCUUUUCACGCGAGGAAUGGAACGGCGCAAAACUGAAAGCAGAUAUUUCGAAAUAAUUGCAACUACCCUCGUCUGCGUUUUAUUUUUCUACCCGGCAGCAUCAGGGAUGUCGAUUAAUGUUGGAGAAGAAUCCACAACGGAGGAGAUUCAAGAGACGAAAAUUACGGUUGAGGAACAAUUUGUGACAGAAAUGGCGUUAGAAGUUUUGGAGCUUGAAGACAUUUACGAAACAACCGUGACAGAAGAAGAGACUGAUCCUCCAACCUCUCUACCAGAAACAACAGUUGAAGAACAAUUUUCGACACAAGAAGUAAUAACGGACGUUCCUACUGAAACACUACAAACAGAGUUAGAGGAAAUCUCGGAACUGACGACAGUCGAGCAUUUAAGCACAGAAUAUUCGACACAGUCCACGGAAGAACCAAUAAAAGGACUUAUGAAGCUCGAACUGAGCGACGAUCUCGAAAGUGACAAGAUAAUCAAUGGAGACCUGGCGGAGGAGGGAUCCUACACCUCCGUCGUCUCAUUACAGCACGUGAAUAAUUCGCAACCCUUCUGCGGCGGCACCAUUCUCAACCGCGACUUUGUGCUCACCGCCGCCCACUGCAUUUUCGCCAAAGAUGGAGAAAAUUUGAUCGACUUCAAAGUGGUGUCGUCCAACAUCGACCUGAAGCGCGAAAUCAGGACCUAUUAUCCCGUCACUGUCAUCGUGCACGCCCUCUACAACAAAUCGAUUUUUCUCGGAUACGACAUUGCACUCGUCAAAGUCGAGCCUUCAUUCGUAUUGGGAGACGGCGAGUCGGCCGUCGUCCUGCCGAAACAAAACGAAGAAACUGAAGUUGGAACAAAAGCAACUGUCGUUGGUUGGGGGCGCACUGACCAACGAUUCACGUCGGACCGCGUGUUGCGUGUGCUGGAUGAGUCGGUGAUAGAAAACAGCGAGUGCGAGGAGCGGCUCAACUUCCACCCGCCCAUCCACGCAUUCCACUUGUGCGCCCAGCCGCGGCCCAAUACUGGCUUUUGCAAGGGUGACUCUGGCGGGCCAGUGUUUGUGGGGAGGAAACAAGUGGGCGUGGUGUCGUGGUACAAGGGCAACUGCUCGCACGAGGAGCCCCUGCCGAACGUGUUCACCCGCGUCGCCCACUUCGCUGAUUGGAUUUUAGAAAAGAUCGAUGAGGAGGAAAAUCAAUUUGAAUAAUUUAUUAAAUUUUAUCUAUAACGUAUUUGUAUAUAUGCGAAAGUGAAAUAAACUCUAAAUAAGUUCAA